UUUUAAACACUAUAAAUACUUCCUUGUAAAUGUUGCAUACUAUUUCUUAUUUUUAUACAAUAAUUACAGCUAUAAGAACGCUGAUUGCCUAUAAAUAAAAUAAUGUUCUGUCAACUUUGGUCUAAACUUAAUACGAUGCAUAAAAGAUCUUAAAAUCCAAUAAUGCAGUUUAAUAAAUAGUACUUGCAUACUUCUUUACUUCUACAUCGAAUAAGCAGUGUUUAUUUAUAUUUCCAAUUGUCGGAAUAUAAAAUGCCUAUUGUUUUAUUAAUUUAAAUAAUCGGAUUGGAUUAAUAAUUUCUAGGACAGUAACAUGUUGUACAUUUCGUAUCUUUCAAAUGGCUGAUGGGCAGAUUUAUCAUAAUUGUUCUGAAGUAUUUACAUUUUACGAAAUCAGUGGAUUGUAGAAAUCAUUAGUUUGGUAGUUAGGCAGUUGCAUGAAUAUAAAAUAUAUGUCAAAGCACCUCAAAGUCGAAAAAUUCUGGAUAAUUCGUUAUAAGUGGGAAAUUGUAAAGACUAUCGGCACUUCAGUAAAUUCAGAUGAUAUUAUUUUAAUGACUCGUCCUGUGUCACUGUCCUGUUAACAAAACAAUGAGUUAGAUUGUGAAAGACAAAAUUACGUUUCAGAAGAUUAACACCUAAACCAUCCAUUUUUCCAGGACAUGUGUGCGCAGGAUCCGAGAGAUAAUUGAAUUUGGAAAGGAAGGUUCAGACUAUAAGCAAUAUUAAAGUGUUCCUUUUAAAUUUAUAAAUUCCGUUCACCCGUUUUCAGUCUGCUUGUCCUUUUGAAAUCGGCUAAAAUAUUCCUUUAAACUUGAAAAAUUAUUUAAAAAAUAAGACGAUAGUAAUUUGCAGACUUAUUAUUUUUAUUUUUUGUGCAGCAGUUUUGUUGUAUAGAAUAUAAUCUACUUCGGUGUCCAGUUACAGUACUACAUAUAUGCGCUGUUAUGCACUAGGUGUGUCGGAAUUAAUAGUUACUUAAGGGUGUUAAUGUUUUUGUGGCUCGAGCAAUCUGUAGGCCUCUUUAAAUGUUCAUUAAUUUCUUUAUUAAUGGUAAAAGCGGAUAUCCCUGGUCAGGUUGCUACAUUUAAGAAUGUAGCAGUUCAAAGACUCCUCUAGGACAAGUGCUCCUGGGAUUAUCCCAGUUUUUGAAAAGAUUUCAGGCUGGCGGUCGAGGAAGUGGGCAGGGUCUUUGUUUUACAUUUUAGUUUGCAAUUAAGAUGAACGUGCAGCACUGUUUAAACAAAUAUACAAGAUCUAAAGGCUGCUUUGAGGAUUUCUGUAUCCAUUUAUACGCUUAAAGAAAGAAAAUCUUCCACAAGGUGUUAUUUAAACCCUCGCUGCAGCUGUGUCAUUUCCUAUCCGAUUCUGAUGUUGAUGUCUUUGUUUCAUGGCAGCUCCAGCACCUUUUUUUAAUGCAAGCAGGGAGCCCCUCAUGUCCAUUUUCAUGGUCAUGCUACUCUCCAGGAACCUAAACGUGGAAAACUAAACUAAAUUGAGCCCUCGGGGGUUAAGGGGAAGAAAUGUGAGUUUUAAUCUUAGGCGUGGUGUUAUAACGUUCAAUAGCCGCAAUCUUGCGCCUAUCGCUCAUCUCCCACAGAGCUUCUGUGUUGCUUAAAUGUAGGCACACAUGAGUUUGUCUCAUUAUUAUUGAAUAUUGGAAUAGACUUAAUUAAUAUCUACAGUGCCCUGAUUUAUAAUUAACGAAUGUAUUCAGAUUAAGAGACUCGGUUAUAAUUCUCUUUAAACUGUAGACCACAAAACGAUACGACUUCGAUUCCGACUUGAGCGGUAUUUCUAAGAUCCAGAAGAAUUCGUUUUACAGCAGUACUAAAACAAAAGCUAAGACUAAUUGUCAAGAAAUUUUAAAAUGGAAUAUACCUAUCACUACAAAGUUACAAACUAAUAAAGAUAAAAUAAUGGUUUCGUUAAACGUUUGCUACGUUUUUAAAUUAAAUUAGAAACAUUUAAAAUGUAUCUAUAACAAAACUGAUACCUUACAAAACCAUCAAUGUAAUCACGAAAACAGCGGAUUUAAUAAUGGUGUUACUUUUUGUUAAAUACGUCUACCCAGUAUAAACGACUGCUGUAAUUAAUCUAUGACAUAUAAAUAAGAAAUACAUUUGAUAAAAGUAAGGUUUUACACCCAUAACUAAGAGCAGUAAUUAAGUGUAAAACGCAGUACAGGACUGUUGGAAAUGUUCAGCAAUUCACCUGAUAGUGUUAUCUAGGCUGUAACGUAAAUUUUACAGAAUGUCUUAAAGUAAUUAUUAAACUGAAAAUGAACUUUAGUGGGGGGUUUUUUAAAUAGUGGCCGGAGAGCUAUUAGCAGCCACUCCUCUUUGUGACAAGAUUGACUCCGUCCAUUACUGGUUCGCGAUUUACCAUUUCGGAUAGGCUUGGCCAUCUAUUGGAAAUGGGUUGGGUCAAAGGAUCCACCCCUCAUAAAAACCUGUUUCUGACGGAGACCUGGCAUUCAGUUAAUCUCGUUCAAGCGCAAAGAAAGUUUAUUCUUCGAUUGCUUCCGGGGGGGUGGGGGCGAGUCCUUUAAAAUUGAUUGCCGCGCCGAAGAAUCCUACGCGUCUUCAAGACCAUGACCCUGUCCAACGAUUACGAAGUUCCUCAACCACACACAGUACUCUCUCUUGAAGAAGAUGAAAUAGACAUUAUUGGGGAAGACGACUUGUAUGAUUGCCGGCUCCAGGGCCCAUACUUGACCCAGUCAACUGCAGCAGAGGAGGGCGCGUCCCCUGAGGCCGGCGCGGACACGGAAUGUUCUGAAGCCGAUUCCUCGGGCGAAAGCGACGGCAGCCUCCCCACCGCGGAGACGCCUUCCUCCAGCAGACCCCAAAACAACUUGGUCAAGCCCCCGUACUCGUACAUAGCUUUGAUAACCAUGGCCAUCCUGCAGAGUCCACAGAAGAAGUUGACGCUCAGCGGGAUCUGUGACUUCAUAAGCAGCAAAUUCCCUUAUUACAAGGAAAAGUUCCCUGCGUGGCAAAACUCAAUUAGGCACAAUUUAUCCCUCAACGACUGCUUUAUCAAGAUUCCACGGGAACCUGGAAAUCCAGGGAAAGGCAACUACUGGUCACUGGAUCCUGCCUCUGAAGACAUGUUUGACAACGGCAGCUUCCUUCGGCGGAGGAAAAGGUUUAAAAGACACCAGCCGGAAUUCGUCAAAGACGGACUUGCAGGUAUGUUUUAUCCCAAUCUCAGCUGUUACCGACCUUAUGGACGACCGUAUGCCAUGCACGGCCCGGCAACGGUACAGCCUGCCUCGCUGAGAUAUAUUCCAGUUCAGGAGAGUGUCGUUCUGCCACGGGCUGCUCACCGUGUCCGGUAUCCCGAUAUUAGCACUGGGAAGGUGCCCAAUCCCAAAGGACCUCAGGUGCAAACCUGCACGCCCUCCCUGGAUCACAAGCCCGCUGGUGUCCCGCAAAGCAAAUGCUCCUUCAGCAUCGAAAGUAUAAUCGGGAAGACGUCUCCUUCGUUUUUGCAAAAUCCCAACCCUUGUGCGGCACUGGAGUUCCCGCAGUUCCUUCAGAGACCUACAAACUGUCUGCUUCCUCCCGUUUUUUCUGCUCCAAGAACUUUAUUUUGCCCCGGUUCCCUCUUAAACACAAUUUCUGCCAGUGAGCCCUACCCACACUGCUGACCUUACAGACCAGAAUGGUAAGAGUCUUUGCGAUUGUGAACUUUCAGUAUAUCUGCGACUGCGCAAAAUACAGUAUGAAAAAAAUAUAUUAUUUACCUGUAUCGUCUCCAGACCAAUGACAGCAGGCAUUUAGUCACUGGCGCAGAGUCGUCUGUUUAUAAUGAAGCAUGAUGUAAAUAACCACUCAACAGAAGAACUGGAAAAAGUGCACGGUAUUUGUUUUAGUGGUCUAUGAAAUGUAUUAAAACGUUUGUAUAUAUACAAAUA